CCUUGAAGAUAUGCACCCCUCUUCUAGCAGCUCCGGCGAUUGCUAGGUUCCCAGUGGGUAGGAUUGCUAGGUUCUUGAAGGCUGGCAAGUAUGCCAAGCGUGUCGGUGCCGGAGCUCCAGUCUACCUCUCUGCCGUCCUUGAAUACCUCUCUGCUGAAGUAUUAGAGUUGACUGGGAAUGCACAAGAAUCGCAUAGUGCCAAGGCACAUUCAGCUUGCAGUGAGGAAUGA